UUUUGAUGCCUUUUCGUCUGGAAACCGAGCGGCUUGACGGCGUGGCUGCUGCAGUUUGGGAUGGACUUUGAUGCCGUGAAGUUAGAAAACAGGCUGCGCUUCGGGAAAGUACACACAAAACUGAGGGGAACCGUGUGAGGAGCCGGAGAAAUGGCAGAGCUGGCGGUGUCCUUGGCUUUUCUCGGAGUGACGGUGGUUUUGUGCGAGGUGACCCGGCGGACCGCGGCUCGCCUCUUCCCGGCGGAUUAUUGGCUUUACCUGCUGGAAGCGGCGUCCACCUUCCAGCUCUGCCUCUGCACACAUGAGCUCAAACUGCUGGGGGAGGCGGGCCAGCUGGAGCUGCUGGCCGGCCUGACCCUCAGCUACACCGUGACAGUCAUCCACAUUUUAACUUUCGGCGGCGCUUUUUGCAACCCAAACGCGGCCCUGGAGAGCGUGUACCGGCGGAGACGCAGCGCCGGGACCGCCGCCGCCCUCAUAGCCUGCCAGUUUGUCGCCGCGGUCGGCGCGCAGGUCGCCGCAGCCUCCGUGUGGUCGCUGGGUCUGUCCGACCUCCACCUCCGGCACCAGAGGUUCGGCUUCAGGUGUUUCGACCCGCUCGGCGGCACGGUGGUCGAGGCCGCCGCCGUGGAGCUGGUGUGCGCCUUCACGGUGCAAGCCGCCGUCCUGCACCUCCACAAACUGGACGAGAGGCUCCGAGUCCCCGCCGUCGCUGCUGUGAUCACGGCUCUGGUUUACGCAGGCGGCAGUAUUUCGGGGGCCGUUUUCAACCCCGCCCUGGCCUUCUCCAUACAGUUCCCCUGCAGCGGUCACACAUACCUGGAGUACUGCUUCAUCUACUGGCUGGGUCCAGUGUUAGGCGUGGCCAGCUGCAUACUGCUCUUUGAGAAGAUCAUCCCCUUCCUCUCUGGGAAGAGCACCAUCGGGCUGGACGUCCCGCUCGGCCGCAAAGACAAGAUUCAGUAACGUCGCAAAGACGGGCCGAGUCGUCUGCGCUUUGACUCUGUUAUUAAUUUUUUCCCCUCAAACUACCUGCAUUAUGUCUUAAAAGAUCGAGCAAGGCGCUCUACGUUCAGCCGCUAAAAACUCACACAGUGGAUCUUAAUUUUCCAACCGGACAAAGUGAUACAUCGGACGUUUAUGCACUGAUGCUGAAAUGUGAUUUUAACAGUUCUUAGAGUGGAUUUGUAGGACAUAAGCACAUUUCUGUGGGAUUUUUUUUUCCCCACAGGAGGUCCAACAGCACAAUAGUAUUAAAAAACAAAAAUCUAUCUUAUUUUUUUAAUAACCUCAGAAGAUUGUGGUUGCUUUGGAAGUCAUGCAUUUCCUCAACAAACACUGGAAUCCAGUAGGAUCAUGUGAGACGGAGAGAUCGAUACUCAUCUCAUGCCAGGAAUCAGGAGCACCAAAGAUUUUUUUUUUUUAGGUUAAAAAAUGGGUUUGCCUCUCACAGCUCACACACAUUCAGCAUUUAUUGGCCUCUCACUUUUCAUGCUUUAGAUUAUGUUUGAAUAUUAAUCAUAAAAGACUGGUGAAAAUUGAAUGACUUUUCACCGGAGUGUUCAGGUGGUAGUUAAAAUAUCCUAACAUGAUAUCUCUAAGGGAAGUGUGUGGGGUCUAGCUUUAGGUCUUGGUGUUGUUAGUAAGCACAAAAAUAAAUAGUUGUAGAUUUUUUUUUUUCCCUCCACAGGGUAAAUUUCAACACUGCCACUCAACUUCACGGUGAACCACUGGACUUUGUGACUGUACUGCAAAAAAACUGCAAAAUCUCCACAGCAUGUCUUUUUUAUUUUUGAGAGCAAAAGACUUUUAUGGCUAUUACUGUGUUUUGUAAAUUAUUCAGAUCAUCACCUGCAGCUCACACUGCAUUGCCUUUUUCCACAGUUUCCAGAAAUCUCUUUUAUCUCCUAGAAUCUCCAAGAAUGUAUUUAUUUUUAUUUUUAUUUUUUUAAACACACAGUUAACAUUGUCUUCAGUGUAUUUCUAACAUCCGUUGGGGCAUUUUAGUCUUGAUUAAAAUCAUUCUUCUGAAAAGACA